AUGAUCUCAGCGCGCGAUGCGGAGGCGGCAGUGCUGACGGCGCUGAGGGAGGGGUACCGCCACAUCGACACGGCGCAGCUGCACCGCAACGAAGCUGCUGUUGGCAGGGCGGUGAGGGCGAGUGGGCUGCCACGCGAGAGUGUGUUCGUGACGACCAAGCUGUGGAACGCUGACAACGGCUACGACGCCACGCUGCAGGCCUUCCACCGCUCGCUCAGCGAGUUGGGGCUCGACUACGUGGACCUGUACCUGCUGCACUCGCCCAUGCGCGUGGACGCGCGGCUGGACUCGUGGCGCGCCAUGGAGGACCUGCUCAGAGGGGGGCGGGUGAGGGCCAUCGGGGUGAGCAACUUCGGGCAGCACCAGCUGGAGGAGCUCUUCCAGCACAGCACUGUGCGCCCCGCCGUCAACCAGCUCGAGCUGCACCCCUUCGGCACGCGGCGCGCGCUGGUGGACUUCUGCGUGCAGCACGGCAUGGCGCUGCAGGCGUACUCGCCCCUCACCAAGGGAACUCGCCUGCGCGACCCCACGCUCGUCGAGAUGGCAGCGCGGUAUGGGAAGAGCACGGCGCAGCUGAUGGUGCGGUGGUGCCUGCAGAAGGGCUUCACCGUGCUGCCCCGCUCCGUCAACCCCGCCCACAUCGCUGCCAACACCCAGGUGUAUGACUUCAACAUUUCUGACAUUGACAUGGCGAAGCUCGACUCACUCAACGAGGAUUAUGUUACAGGCUGGGACCCCACGCGGGGCCCGUGA